UGCAGGUGUCACUACGAUGCUGCUCACGCAACACAACCACGCCAUCGUUGCACGGGUUACGCCAUCGACCAUGCUUGACGUUCUGAACUUCGAUGUGUGCAUUCAGUCCUAUAUGAACCGCGAAGAGCUUUUCCUCCAAUUAAUCCCCUCUGCGGAUCUCUGCAUCUUUAAGUGCGUGUUGCCUACCACUUAUGGGUAGCAACCACACACAAGCACGAACGGAAUUGAUGGUCGACCUGUACCACGGAUCGAAAUGACAACUGAGAACGUUCUGUCGCUACAUACCGUCCGCUAAGCACGGUCCUGGCCUUUGAGCUCUUGCACUUGGUCCCCAGAUCUUGUUUUGUUCCAGUAUUAACCCACACUGCCAUGGUAUAAUACCCUCUUGCGUGGGAAAGCAGUGGGUGAUGAUUGCUCGAGGGUGUAAUAAUAAAAGGAACCUAAUGAUUUUUGAAUUUCAUUCCUACUGCUGCAAGAUAUAUCAGGUGUUAACUGACUUCGAUAUGUAAUACAUUGUUGCAUCAACCUCGUCUCCCUUUCGGUUUUCUUUCCUUAAAUGAAUGAUUAAUGAGAGCGUUCUUUUAAAUGUAUCACGUCAUUGAAUUUAUGGAUACCAUGGUGGCUGUCGCUCAUAUCAGUUAGAUGGUUGGCACGGACCAAGUUCGGUGGCCGAAAUUGCCUUCACGGCAAAUGGAAGCAAUGUUACUGAACAACAGUCCGCCACCAUUGUCCGCGCCGGUGUACAAAGUUCGAGUUCACAGGGCUAUCGAUGUUUAUACAAAAGCAGAGACUGGAGACAGUUUUAAUGGAAUUAUCCGAGGCGCCGUCCAGCUAUGCAAUCUGCUCCAUGGAGCGUGGCGGAAAGCGCAAGAUGUUUGUAUCAAUUAUGCCUUUUUUAUUUCCAGCAAUCCCGUGCGUUUCCCGGAGUGCGAGACCGGUUAACAAGUCACGUCCAUCCACAUUCUACAGUGUUCACCUGGAGUACUCACCUCCUCCACCGAGGUUGGAGUUGGAGGACAAUUCACUCACAAGUGAUGCAGAAAACAUGGAUCCCAAUAUGAACACGCCACUUGCAAUCAGUCCAAUCACUCCAUUGCAAACUUCAAGCGUUGUGAUCCUGAAGGACUACACGGACUACAGCAUUAAAGGUGUGUGUCGUCACCUAACGCGCGAGUAUGUUCGCAUGCGCGAAAAUAUGCAUAGGAUGGAUCUUAAACUAGAUUACAUCCUUCGUCAGAUGGCUAGUGACGGCUGGAGCCAUAUCAUAACCCUCAAUAGUCGGCUGGAAAGCUACGAUGGAAUGCAAAAGAUGGUAUUACGCGAUUUCAUAAGUAACUUGUCUUUGAUGGCGUACUUUGAGCGCCUGGGUUGCAAGUUCCUCUGUGACGGUGCGCAACAUGCUGCUGUCUUUAAUGACAAAUUCCUUGGUACGCCAAGUGAACUGGCAUAGAGUAAGUGGGAAGUUCCGCGUUUGCGACACUCCGCUGGUCCAUGCAAUGAUCGAUGCCCUAAUGCGAAAAGAUUUCGCAGGAACUUCGGAAUCAUUGUGGACACAAUUCGCCGAUAGUUCCAGCGCACAAAGGAGCGCGAGCAGUUUACCCCGCAGUCCAAAAUCGCCGCAGGGACAAGUGACUUCUCUUAGUGGUUUCGCUUUUUCAUUAUCAUAAUACAUUUUCUUCAUAGUU